UAGUCUGAUGAUAUCCGCAGGUGACGUGUUCUUCAUCUGGAGAUGGCGGCCCCCGAGUUUCCCGUGAGUGCCCUCCUGUUUGCAUUGCUCCUUUGUUCCGUGGCUAGUUACCCCAACGGAAAAGUCACCAUGUCCUGCGGGGGGAUGACCCCCCAACACGGCCACAGCCCACAGUCUGAGCCUGUUCACCAAAUCACAGUGAGUCAGAUGAAGUUCAAACCCGGAGACCAGAUUCAAGUUACUGUAUCAGGGCCGCCAUUUAGAGGCUUUCUCUUAGAAGCUCGUGAUGCCGAGGAUUUGAGUGGUCCUCCUCUUGGCUCCUUUACAUUGAUUGACAGUGAAUUGUCGCAGCUUCUGACUUGUGAAGAUGUACAGGGUUUCGCUGUGAGUCAUACGAGUUCAUCCAAGAAGACAGAAAUUAAAGUAUACUGGAACGCCCCAAGCAGUGCCCCAAAUCACAUACGAUUUCUAGCCACAGUUGUUGAGAAGUAUAAGAUCUACUGGGUGAAGAUUCCCAGUCAUGUUAUUUCACAACCAAAUGCUCCUCCCUUUACGACGCCUGAAGCUACAGCCCAACCGUUGACAACAUCACCUUCUGUCGCCCACUUAACCAAGCCAUUCAGUGCCUCCGAGUGUGGGGACACGAAGUUCUGUGUCAGGAGUCCUUCGAACUGUGAUCCACAGACCGAGCCUGCCUGCGUCUUCUUGUCCUUCACCAGAGAUGACCAGUCGGUGGCGGUCGAAAUGAGUGGUCCCAGUGAAGGCUACCUGUCCUUUGCAUUCUCUCGUGACCGCUGGAUGGGUGAUGACGAUGCUUACUUGUGCAUUCGUGGAGACCAGACAGUGUAUAUACAGCCUUCCUAUUUGACAGGGCGAAGUUAUCCUGUGAUGGGCUCCAGGGGGACUCUCAAGGAUAUGGCCUGGAGGCUGGCGGAUGGCGUCAUACAGUGUUCAUUCAGAAGAAACAUCACCCUGCCUGGGGUUAGGAACAGAUUCGUGUUAAACGAAAGCUACUACAUCUUCCUAGCAGCAGGUGCUGCCCACGACGGCCGAAUUUUUAGGCACUCUCAGCAACCUUUGAUAACGUACGAAAAAUACGAUGUGACAGGCACGCCAAAGAACGUAGGGGGGUCCCACUCAUCACCCCUUUUAAAGGCUCAUGGUGCCUUAAUGUUUGUGGCAUGGAUGACCACAGUUAGCAUAGGAGUGCUGGUUGCCCGGUUCUUCAGAUCUGUGUGGUCCAAAGCUUUCUUCCUCGGUGAAGCAGCUUGGUUUCAGGUGCAUCGGAUGCUCAUGCUUGCGACAUCUGUGCUCACCUGCAUUGCCUUUGUUCUUCCUUUUGUGUACAGAGGAGGCUGGAGUCGGCGCGCAGGCUACCACCCGUACCUCGGCUGUACGGUGAUGACUUUAGCUGUCCUUCAGCCUCUGCUGGCCACCUUCAGACCAUCUUUACAUGACCCGAGGAGGCAAGUGUUUAACUGGACUCACUGGAGUGUGGGGACAGCUGCUAGAAUAAUAGCAGUGGCAGCCAUGUUCCUAGGAAUGGAUUUACCAGGACUGAAUCUCCCCAGUCCACAGAAGACCUAUGCCAUGAUGGGGUUUGUGGUCUGGCACAUCGGGACGGAGGUGCUUCUGGAGAUCCAUGCUUAUCGGCUCUCUCGAAAAGUUGAAAUAUUGGAUGAUGAUAGAAUUCAGAUCCUUCAGUCACUAACUGUUGCUGAAGCAGAGGGCCAUGUUUUUAAGAAGGCGGUGUUGGUGAUUUACAUAUGUGGGAAUCUGACUUUCCUCAUGAUAUUCUUAUCUGCAAUCAACCAAGUAUGAGCAAGCAAAGACUGUUUUUUUGUGGGCCUGGGUCAUAAUCAUCAAAACAAGGAGACCCGGAGCUUGUCCUGACUGCCAGGAAUAUGUUUUAAUUCGGAAGACUCAUGGGCAUUUCUAAAGAGGAAUUCUGAAGUCUGGUUUAUCCAGAUUAUAUUCAGCCAGGCCAUACCAGCCUGUGCACUGAUGUCAAUCAAGCCUUUGUGUGUUACUGCAUCUUAAAAGGAACAUUGUACUUCAGAUGACGGGACUCUCAACAUCCCAUGCCAUAUUUAAAACAGUUAACUAGAAUGAUUAACAAAUGAAGAGAAUUACCUCAGGCAAAGGAUAAAUGGAGAUUGUAUCUUUGGGAAUGGGACAGAUUUUGUGUAGCCCAGGCUGGCCUCCAACUGCUGUGUAACCAAGGAUAACCCUGAACCUAUCUUCCUGCCUCUGCUUCUGGAUGGUGGGAUUACAGGUGUGUGCCACUCUAUCUGGUUUUAAAGGGACUGUAAUUUUCAUGAUGCUGCUGCUGUGGGAACUUUAAAGAAAACAUUUAUGUUGACUAGUUUAUUUAGAGAUCUUAGAUUUUAAAAAAUUCUUACUACAUUUUGAUGUUUUUAUGAACACACACACACACACACACACACACACACACACACACACACACACUCCAAACAAAGAAAAUCUACAAGAAAAAAACCCCAUGUUUUCAGUCCUGAGUUUGGGACACGUUCUUUGCUGUGUGUGUUGCAUUAUUUCUGGUACAUUUUGUUAACAUUUAACUAUAUUGUGAAUAUUACGUUUUCUUUGUUAGCAGUGAAAUGCAGUAGGCAUCUUCUGCUUAGAGAUAUCCUUUAUUUUUUUCAUCUAUGGAGCUGAAACGACAUUUUGUUUUGUUUCAGCUCUAAGAUGAGUCCUUCCUUAUAGGAGAGAGAGAUCAAAGCCAUGAAUUCCACAUUUGCUAAAACUCACCCUUGUGAGCGUGUCCAACCGGUGCUCUCAUGUCUUGUGAGGAUAAAAUAACAUGGACGUGUUCCUUUGGAACAUCCCUGGUGCUCUAGUAACUCAACGCAGCCAGUGAGUGAUAUUUUCCUCUCUACUUAUCAUUUCUAUCUCGAUGUUUGCUAUGAGGGCUUACAGCCAGUGGGUGGCGCUGUAACACCGGAGGACUCAUCUGUUCACCUUAAUUUUUUUUUUUAAAUGGGGCUAUUUUCUUAUACUCUAUGGCUCUUAAUUUUUUUUUUUCCUUUUUGGGUUGGGGUAGUAGGUUCUAUAAACUUAAAUUAGUGACUGGUGCUACUACAUUAUGACAAUUUAAAAGAAAAUAAUUUAUACCGACUGAUAUUUUCUUUUAUAUUCCUCCAACCCUGUAGCAAAUGAAGAUAAUUUUCUUAGGCAAAGGAGACAAACAAAAUUGGAUAUUUAAAAAAUAAAAGAAUUGGGAGGAGAUAUAUUUUAUUUCUUUGAAUAUUCUUUCCGAUUAUGAUAUAGUUUCUGCUUGGCCCCAGAACCCUAUUUCUAUCUCUGAGUAAUGACUUCAGCAUCAUGUUUUUAUUUCUAACAAAUAAAGUGAAAUUUUCCUUUUAUUUUUUUUAAGUAGCUUAGGGUUCAGAUAGGCAUUUCCUAUGUUCAUGUUCAAUGGGUUCCGUGGUAUAGUUUACACUAUCCUGUGAGAAUGUUUUUAUUUUAAAAGGAAAAGGGCUGGAGAUGUGGCUCAGUCGUGUGGGGCUUGAGUAGCAUUCAUGAGACCCUGGCCCUCGUACUAGCAUUGGAGAAACAAGACAUUCUGAGUAACAAUGUAAAUCUACAUGAAGACAUUUUCUUUCGGUUUUCCAUUCUGAGCUGCUGAAGGCCAAAACAUCUCUCUUAAUAAGUCAUGUUCAAUACCUGACAAGAAAAGAUUCUUUUCAGGAAAAGGUGGAAUUUACCUGGGUUCUGUUUCCAGAUAGGUGAACUUGCUGGAUUUCUAGUGCUGAGACCAAUAUUAUAAUGUAUUCUUUGAAAAGAAAUAUUUUUAUCAAUUCUUUAAGGAUUUCACAUAGUGUAUUUUGAUCAUAUUCCCCUCAGCUCCUCUCAGAUCGGCCACGACUUCCCUACUUCCAGACUGCAUCUUUAUAUAUGUAUUAUAUGAUUCUGCUCUAGUUUGUGCGAUCUAUACACUUCUGGGUUGGGGGCCACCCACUGGGCAGCAAGGUCGAUUUAUCACAAGCCACACUCUUAAAGAAAACGGACUCACUCCCACCAGAAGCCUGUCCAUAGGUCCUCAGGGAUGGGGCGCAUGGACCUCUUCCAGCUCCACGCUAGAGCGCGGACUGGCUUGAUCUUGUGCGGUUUUGUGCAGGCAGCUACAGUGGCCCUGAGUUCAGGAGUGGAGUGGUCCUGUCAACUCCUGAAGACACAGUUUUCACCGUUUCCUUCUUCCCCAGCCUCUGGCUCUUACAGUCUUGGUGCCUCUUCCUCUGAGAUGGUCCCCGAGCCUUGGGAGGGGGGUGCCAUAGUGGGUCCCACUUAUGGCUGAGCACGUCAGACACUUAUUCUCUGCACUUUGACCAGCUGUGAGUUUCUGCAUGGCACAUUCCUUUUUACAGAUGGAUGCUUGCUCUGGUUUGUUCCUCUGUUGACUUGUGCAAGGAAAUCUGUGCCGCUUAAUCCUAGUAUGCCUGUUGUUUCCCUGAGGAGCACAUUACGACCCUUCGGCUCCCUGUGCUUACACUGUCUCCACAAAUGACAAACGCUGCUUCUUACCCCUCAGUUUCUGUAAUAAACA